GACCUCACCGCUUCCUCACAAGAAGAAGAAAACAUGACCACAACAACGAGCUCUAUGCUAACUGUAUUUUGUUCCGAUCUAGCUAUGUUGACACUGUUUUGAUUCGGUACACUUCGCUAAACAAUAUACACGCGGUCAAAUACUUAAUUUAGUACUGCAAUAAACCAACGAAGGAACGAUGCAAGCGGUUGAGCCUGGUGCGUCGAUGGCGGUAGCAGGUUCACACAGCCGCUCAGAAGACGAAGAAUCUCCCGUAAUCAAAGAUGUGAAAAGGACGGCGACGCAAGCGUUUGGCAGCGGUGUUCCUAAACGCAGAAGUUCAUCGAGAUCAAUAAAAAGGAAGAAGUUUGACGAUGAGCUGGUGGAAAGCAGCCUUGUCAAGUCAUCAAGUCGUGUUAAAGGUCCACCUCUUAUGGAGCCUUUACGCUGCUCAGGUAGUGAGCCUUCUUCCAGCGAGAAAAAGAAGGUGGCAAAAUCAGGACCGUCUUUAACAGCGCCUCUCACAAUGCUGAUGCAUCCUACGCCGAUAAGCAAAAGAAUGAAGAAAAGUAAACAGCCGCUACACAUCACAAAAGACUUAGGUCGCUGGAAGCCUACAGAUGACCUGCUGCUCAUUAAUGCAGUGCUGCAGACAACGGACCUCACAUCUGUUCAUUUGGGGGUCAAGUUCAGUUGUCGUUUCACUUUACGGGAGAUCAAGGAGCGGUGGUACUCGCUGCUCUACGAUCCCGUCAUCUCAAAACUCGCGUGGCAGGCGAUGCGGCAGCUUCAUCCAGAAGCCGUAGCGGCAAUACAAAGCAAAGCUCUCUUCAGCCAAGCUGAGGAAGUUCUACUGGCCAAGAUUGGUUCGACGAGUCAGCCCAAAUUAGACACAUUCCAGGAUCUUCUGAGUAAACACCCAAGUGUUUUUCACCAGUCGCGAUCCCCCAAAAGUCUACUGGUCCACUGGCAGCUUCUGAAGCAGUACUACCUACUGGACGACCAGAGCGUCCAGCCACUCCCAAAGGGCGACCAAGUCCUGAACUUCUCCGAUGCUGAGCAGAUUGUUGAUGAGAUCAAGUUAAAGGAGAGUAGAGAUGAAAUAUUGGAACACGAGCUGAUGAUAACCGAUCGUCACCAAAAAAGGGAGAUCAGGCAAUUGGAGCAAGAGUUGCCCCGCUGGCAGGUCCUUGUGGAUAGCAUCACAGGGGUGAGCAUGCCUGACUUUGACAACCAGACGCUGGCAGCUCUCAGAGGAAGAAUGGUACGCUACCUCAUGAGAUCACGAGAGAUUACACUGGGCCGCGCAACCAAAGACAAACAGAUCGAUGUGGAUCUGUCACUAGAGGGGCCCGCCUGGAAAAUAUCAAGGAAACAAGGAAUUAUUAAACUGAAGAAUAACGGGGAUUUCUUCAUCGCCAACGAGGGCAGACGACCCAUCUACAUCGACGGAAGACCGGUCCUGUCGGGCAACAAGUGGAAACUAAACAAUAACUCAGUUGUGGAGAUCGCAGGACUUCGCUUUGUGUUUUUAAUAAACCUGGAACUCAUCUCCCUCAUCAAAGCUGAAGCAGCCAAGAUGACACAACAGUGAACGCUCCACUCCGUUCUGUACAUAGAAGUUCUUCGGACUUGCAUUUCACAAGCUGGUCAAUGGACGGUUUCUGUGGUGUGCUGUAGACUCUGUCAUUGUGGAGCACUUUUUCCACUUUCCAGAUUAUUUUAUUUAAAUGUGUAGUGUACUUUUCCACAUUAAUAAACAGCUGUACACACACA